CAAAGGAGUCAUGGAAUUGAACUUCAGUGGUGCCAAAUCAUCCAAACCGGUUUGUGGACGACAUUAAUGAACUUACCCCAACCAAUUCUCUUUGCACCUCAUUCACUCUCUGCAAUCCAACCAAGCCCUGAAAUUUUAAUUAAUAAAAAUAAACAAACUUGGUGUUUAAACGCCAUUGGAUUGGAUCCCAAUGAUGAAGUUGCAUGCAUCAACAUCAUCAUCAUCAUCGAUUAAAAUGGCAACCACUGGAGGACUCGUUACGUUGCCCAAUUUGAACUUGAAUUUUCCCUACUGUUCUCGUGAUCAUAAAUGGAGCUCUUCUUCGUUCCCUCUGAUUGCAGCAAAGUUUGUUUUUUCGCAUCGGAACGCUGUUUGUUAUGCGGAAUCAUCUGGUGCUGCUUCCACAGGUACAUUUCACUCGUUUCAGACAUACAACUUUCAAUUCAUUACCGUACCGAAAGAGAAAACCAAAAAAUAAAUUCGUGAUAUUGAAGACUAUAAAAACAAAUACAUGUGCCUGUUUCGAUAAUACCGAUAUGAGUAGCAAUGUUAUCGAUGGAAAAAUACUCUAUUAUGAAUAAUACUUUGUUAAAAAAAAAAAAGUAUACACAACUGUGUAUUCAGUUUUUUUUUAUAAAAGCUAAGGAACACCGGUAAAAAAAAAUUAAAUAUAAUUGCGUAUCUAAUGAAUGAGUUAAUUACAUAGUUAGUCACUGUGGAUUACACAAAGUAACAAUCUAAGGUACUAAUAUUUUAAAAUCACUUCUUAGGGUACUAAGACCCCCCGUAACGGGGCGUUUUUUUUAAAAAAAAUUGCCAAAAAACGCUGCAUAACGCCGGAACCCCCAUUACAUGGGGCGUUUCCGGGCGUUUUUUUUGAAAAAAAAUGGCUCCGGCGUGAUUUUAAAAACGCUGUGAAUUCGAAAGAUGCCAAAAAUUCGACCGUUUGGCAACGGUCAAAAACUUAUUUUUUUUUUUUUUAAUUCUAAAUUUUACCCACUAUAUAUAUAUCAUUCCAUUUUCUCCAAUUUUUUAUAAAAUUUCUACUACUUUCUCACCCACUCUCUUCUAUUACUUUAUAAAAAAACCUCCACUUUCUCCUAUUUUUUUACAAACAUGCAUCCAUACCGACCCCCGUUUGGUGGCCCCGCAAGACCCACGAACCCGAACACAACCCAACCGCAAACCCCGUACAACCUACAAGACAUGGACCCGAGCUUUUUAAGUUACGCGGCUUACUUGAGUGGCGCCCCUCCUUUUGUUUCUCCCACCUACGGCUUUGGUCAAGCCGGCGGGUCGCAACCGUCACAACCCGAACCCGAAUCCGAACCCGAUGUCGAGGUCGUGCCGGAGUCGCAUAAAAAGAAGGAAAAGGAUGAGCCUCGACGUGCAAAAACAACCAUUAAAUGGACGAAGGACGAGGAAUACACGUUGACUCGGGCGUGGCUCGAUAUUUCGGAGGACGAAGAUACCGUUGCUGCCGAAACCAAAGAGGGAAAAGAAGGGGAACCACCAGCCGCUGCUGCCAAAGAAGGUGCUGAUGCUGCUCCGGCAAAACCAAAGCCGAAGCCUGCGGCAAAAGCGCCUGUUAAGGCGUUGCCGGAGAUGAUCAACGAGGAGGUGAUUCCGUCACUACGAUCAAUUCUUGAAACACAACAAGAUAUUGAAGAACUGGAGUUAUUUUUCAAGGAUAACAAGCUUGAAGGGUCAUUUCGGAAGAAGGGCAUCCCUUACACAUUUUGGGCAUUAUUCCCAGAUGGUACCGUAACCGGUCCAAAAGGGUUUUCGAUAUCGUCAUACGGGUCAACUGCAAGCAAUGUAGAACCGUUUCUUGUUGACGAGAAAAAAGUCAACGCAAAACUACUCGUCUUCUGGGUCGAAAAGCGUUUAGCUGCUCAAGGAAUAAUUCCCGUUUGGACAGAAUGAUCGUGUUUCUAACAAGAAACUAUUUGAACUCGAGAAUCAUACAGCAUCAUUGUCCAUUGUACAAGUUUUUUAGGUUCUUGAUGCUGUAAGCACAAUGUUUAUACAUAUCUAAUGCCAUUUAUUCACAGCAGUUACCAGUUCUUUGAUG